AUGGAGCGCUACCCCCGAAGUCCCCGCGAGAAAAGGCUGUCUCCGAACACUGUAGUGACGCCCCACAACAAGAGCAUGCUGGGAAAUGGGAAUUAUGAUGUGAAUGUCAUCAUGGCGGCCCUUCAAACAAAAGGCUAUGAAGCUGUUUGGUGGGACAAGCGCAGGGACGUGGGUGUUAUUGCUCUUGCUAACGUCAUGGGCUUCAUCAUGAACCUGCCCUCCAGCCUGUGCUGGGGUCCACUCAAGUUGCCUCUCAAAAGGCAGCACUGGAUCUGUGUUCGUGAGGUGGGAGGGGCCUACUACAACCUUGACUCCAAACUCAAGAUGCCAGAGUGGAUUGGAGGCGAGAGUGAGCUCAGGAAAUUUCUAAAAUACCAUUUGCGAGGUAAAAACUGUGAACUCCUACUGGUGGUCCCAGAAGAAGUGGAAGCCCAUCAGAGCUGGAGGGCCGACGUGUGACAGACAGUUCUGCCUGACCCUCUCUGCCUCAACCCUCCAGACCUCUUUGAUGUGCUGUGGCCUCUACAGUCCACUUCCCCAAACAUCUCAUUGGGUUUUCCCUUCAGAUUGGCCAGUGCAAUAGGACAGAUAUGUGGACUGUCAGAGCCACCCAGCAGUCUGUGCCUGGGGGAAGAAGGUAGGAGUUCUGAACACUUAGGGCAAGACAUUGAACACCCUUUGCUAUUUGAAAGAGGGAGCUGAAAAGGGAGUCAUUUGAGGGGGCUUGGUUAUUUUCUCCUUUCUAUGAGGUCUUGACACAGGUUCUGCUGGUAGUGUUACUGAUGCUUCAGGCUCACAGAGAGGCUGCCCCCUUUUCUCUCCUGUGGCACCAUGGGGUCUGAGGACAAAGUACAUGCAGAGCCCAGUGACUGGCUCAAAGGACCCAGAGCCAGGAAACUGUGUCUCAGGAAACUGUCACGAGUCCAGCAAUGGCACUGCAUGCCAUCUACAAUCCAUUAUGCCACCUCUUAGCCCUUUUUAAAUCCCAGCCAGCCUUGGAGUUUUAUAACGAAAAGUUCUGAUAUUCCAAAGUAGGUAAAUUGCACAGUAUUCUAGCAAGACAAUGGUGAAACGUAUACCUAAUACAAUGUGGGUAAAACCACAGUAGGGCAAUCAAUGGUGGCUCUUCACUCUAAUUAUGUCCCUACCAUUUCACUACAUUGACUAGGGAGGCUCUGGGGCAAAAGACAACGAGCAGGGAUAGCACUCAUAGUUGACCCAUUUUAGCAAAAUCAGAAACACAUCUACCACUGACAUCAAAUUCCAUAGUUUGGGACAGAGCUGGGUGAGGAAACUGCCAUGAAGAUAAGCUUCAGGGUUUGAGACUGGUAGGCACAUCCUGAGCUCCAGGGCAGUGGCAACAAUCUCAGGUUGGUUGUAUGCAUCGAGCUGGAGCCUCUGGUUUUGGCGUCUGCUAUAGUUUCUUUUACAAACAGGGUUGGCUCACCCCACCUCAAGUAGUUCUAGACCAUUUUUUUCUCCUAUAUUUUUCGAAAAUGAGGAGAAAUAAGUACCAUACCCCCAUACCAAUGUGUUUGUGGUGGCCUUCAAGGCAGGUGACCUGGCCAGCCCUUAUCAAUCCAUGGUCUCUGUAGGUCUGAGAGCUGCCCCACUGGCCUGCUUCUUGCUGGCAGCAGAGCUACCUGGGGCUUGCAUGUUAAUCCUGAGCAAGCUUGUUGGGGUGAAGCAGGGGCUGUCUCCCCACUGUGACUGGAGUGCAUGUUUACACCAGCACUUUUUCUGCACAUGUAUCUUCAAUCCAACAAGGCCAUUUUUUAUUCAAGUAGCAGAGGCCUCAAGUGGCUACUGCAUUGCACUCAGCCAUGGUCAUCUGCACCAUUUUCUACACCAGAUCUGCUUGGCACCACGGGGAGCUAACUCUGCCCCUGCACAAUGACAUUCCAAUCACUACCAGCCAGAAGUUACAGCCGACCUUGCUGAUUGUCACAAGCAGGACCUUGGUCCAUUGGCACUGUCGGUGAGAGUAAGCCAUUUCUUGGGAAGAGGAGACUCCUCCCUACAGAUCUGCUUGGGCCUUUGCAAAUGGCACUGCAAACAGUCCCACGCACGUGGAGUCCAUGAGCUGGUGGGAUGUACAAAGACGCUUAAGCAUUUCAGGGCUGGUUCUGUUCAUAUCCAAUUCUGGUGCUUAGGAAUAGGGACCCAUGUUGAUGCCCAAGGGCAAAAAGCCCCAUUCCUAUUAAGGGGCAUCCUGACCCUGAUGCCCAGCAAGGGCAACCCUAGGCUUUGUUUUUCUUGCUUUAUUCCCUUUCUUUGUUGGCCUUGUGCUGGGUUUGUUUACAAAGAUGUAUUUUGUUUAACCAAAUAUUAAAAAUGAGAAGCUGAAAAAAAAA